AUGUCCAGUUCCGAAUCUUCCGAAGACAUGGACCGAUGGCAGUCUAUCUUCGCGGCCGUGACAGACAGUGAGUUACGCUUUUACGAAAGCGCGCCGUGGUCAGGUGAAGCAUGGCGAGCACCUGCGGAAGCUUAUUCACUGAUAGCAACUCGGCUAGUAGGAUCUGGCAAAAAGGCAGAGCUACCAGAAUUUAGCAUUCGAUGCGCGACUGUGGAAGGAGUGAUAACACAUUCGCUGCGAGCAGAAACGCACAGGGACUUGGCAGCGUGGGCGAAAGCGUUAGUUAAUGGAAGCCAUGCGAGCGCUGUGACCCAGCGAGAGUUGGUUUGCAGAUGUGUUUGGAAAGGGCGACCGGCCCAAUUAGUAAUUCACUACGAGAACGGUUUCACGUUAUUGGAGGCGGGUACGGGAUCAAGGACGCUCUGGAGGUAUCCCUUCGAUAGGCUAAGGAAUUCUUCGGACGACGGCAAGAGGUAUCUAUGGUUGGAUUUCGGUGCGGCCGAUGAAGGAGAUGUUGAACUGGAUAUGGAAGGAUGUCCAAAGCCAAUUGUCUUCAUAUUGCACAAUUUCUUAUCUGCCAAAAUCCAUCGAUUAGGCUUGACAGCCUGA